GAGCGGAGUGGCGCGUCGCGGCCGGCGCAGCGCAGCGCAGAGCAGCCACGCCGCGGCAGGUUACGACGCGAAGCGCGAAGCGCGAAGCGCGAAGCAGUGCGGCGGCAUUGUUGCCAUGACGUGCGCGGACGUCCGGUGACGCGACGUGCCCUGUGUUCGCGCCAUGCAGCAGCCCCGAGACCCAGGGCCCCUACUGACGACGCCGUCGUCCGCCACAUCCCCGACCUCCAAAGUGCCCCUCAACAACAACACCAGCACCGUCAACAACAACAACAGCAUCGACGCCGCGCCGCCCCCCACGUGGCACCCGCACGUGUACGGCAAGCGUCCCAGGUCCCCGACGCCGCACCGCAUCGUCGACAUCCUCGGCUGGAUGGAGGAGAAGGCCGUCCUGAAGGCGCCACCGCCGCGCGCCGGCAGCCUGCUCGUGGUGCCGCGCGUGUCGCUCAACGUCCAUGACGCCGUCCAUGACGCCGUCCAGGACGACGACGAGCCGCUGAACCUGUCGACGACGGCACGGAGCCGCGAUGCCUCCCCGUCGAUGACACCGCCCCUGGGGCUCGGCGUGGGCCUCGGCCUGCUGCCUCCGACGGGCCCCUUCCGAGAGCCUCUCAACGGACUGGCCACGCCGCUCGUCCUUAACGGCGUCCUCAACGGCCGCCUGGCCGACGUCAAGGGGGGCGUCCCCACGGUGCCCCCCGUCCGCGUGCCCUCCGUGCCCCUGCGAGACUCGUCGGCCGGCGGCAAGCGGCGCCGCAAGGAGGCCGUGUCCUCGACGGACGGCAACGCGUCCGGCGAGUCCUCGCUCAGCGACCGGGACAGCGUGCCCGAGGCCUCGGCGGACCGCAAGCGCAAGAAGGCGCGCACCACCUUCACCGGCCGCCAGAUCUUCGAGCUGGAGAAGCAGUUCGAGGUCAAGAAGUACCUGUCGUCGUCCGAGCGGGCCGAGAUGGCCCGGCUGCUGGGCGUCACCGAUACCCAGGUUAAAAUAUGGUUUCAAAACCGGAGGACCAAGUGGAAGAAGCACGACAAUAUCAGCAACGCCGAGGCCGCCGAGCACAAGUCGCAGCAGCAGGGGCCGGCGCCGGCCGCCGCGUCCAAAAGGCCUACCGUCGUGGUCAAGAAGGCCACCAGCGCGACCACGGUGCUCGCGAUACCCAGUCCCAACCCGGCCUCGGCCUGCUCGGCGCUGUCCGCGACCGCAGGGUCGCCCUUCUCGGCGGACGAGCACUCCAACGGGUCCACGCUGCUGACGGGCGACGGCGAGAACGACGGCUCUGUCUCAGAGAGCUGCAUGUCGGAGGAGGCAUCGUCCUCCGCCGUGACGUCGGCGGUGAGCUCCCGGACGCCGUUGGCCAACGCCGCCACGCCCUCGCCACCCGCGGCGUCGCCGUGCGCGGCGUCCAUGAGCCCCGUCAGCACGACCAGUACGACGGCGAGGGGCUCCAUGGGCUCGCCGACGCGGGGGGCGCCACCACGAUCGCCGGCGACGCCAUCCUUGUCAUCCGGCGAUACCCCGACGCUGUCCGCCACGCUGGUCGCUACCCCAGUGCCCAGAGACUCUAGGGACUCUGGGGCGGAGGGCGAGAAGGAGGCGGCGUGCCGGCCGUGCGCCUCGCCGAGGCUGCCGAGGCCGGCGCCAGGGACCACGUCGCUACCGUCGCUACCCCGCGACACGGCAGCAACCACGGCGCUGCCGCCCUCGCCGUCAUCCACGUCGCCCGUGAGCUAGCGAGCUAGCGAGCUAGCCGGCGGGCUGUGAACCAGGACGACCAGGACGCUGCAGAGCGUCGAGUUUCUUCAUGUGCCACAAGCUGAGGGUGCGUGGUGCGAGGUGCGAGGGCAAUCCCAAGGGGCCCUGGGCCGCCCUGGGCCCUCUGACGGACUCACAAGUGCUAGCACUCGUUCGACAUGCGGGGGUGUUUCCAGGUGUUUCUCAGACCUGCUGAGUUACGAACUCUAAACGGGGACUUUGAGAGGCUUAGCUUUUCGGAGCGUCCCCCGUGGGCUUGUCUCGCGGCAUCAGUGUCCACCACUUUGGAGCGAAGUGGCAAGGAACACGUGUCUUCCAUACUGCUUGCAUGCGUGGGCGCGUGGCGUGGCGGCCCGUGGCGGCCGGUGGGGUGUGUAGUCAGACCAUUUUAUUGAUAGUGAGAUGAGAAAGUGUGUUGAGUGGUUCCUUACCAGUGAGAGCUACGUGCUCACAGUACUUAAUGAUGUCUUGUUAGUACCCUAAACAAAAUGUGACAUUUUUUGUGAGAACCUUGUGAUGCCAUUUGUGUAAUUCUUACCUUUACAAAUACCUUGCAUUUUGGUGAUUCCUUUUUGUAUGUUGAGAAGGUUCAUUCUAUGCUCUGCAACCUUUAGAUUAAAGUCCCUUCUUAUUCUUUCUCAGAGUUUAUUUAGUUGAGUUUGUCAGUUUCAAUUUCAUCUCAAUUGCAAGCCGGUAAAUAGUAUAUUUUCUCAUAUGUGAACUAUCUAGUAGUAUGGCUAUGAAAGCAAAGAUUCAUAGAUGCCAAGAGUGUUUGUGUCAGAAAUUGAUUUGACAUAUGCAUCAUAGGUGUGAUUUAUAAUUAAACCAAAUGUACCGUACUUACUUUUGAUUGUUUUGUAGCAUGACUUUCAUGACUGAAUUUUAUGUUUUCAAUAUUUGUAAAAUUCUGCUAUUUUCUCCAAAGAUUUAAAGCUUUUGUUUGUUGGAAAUAAACAUUCGAAGUUGAGGCAGAUCUUAAUCUGUAUUGCUUA